AAUGACAGUUGAAAUUUAACCCACCCUUUCUUCCUUCUCGCUCUUGCUCUCUCCCCGCGCUUUUGAUCGACAAAAUUUAAGGCUGCUUGGAAUCCUCUCGCUGCCGGCUGAGUGGGAACCGGGAGGAGAGAGAGGUAAAGUGGGGGAGGAAAGGAAUGGCGUCGUGGAAUUCGAUUCCGUUGGAAAUCACAUACGAAGUUCUGGGAUGGGUGGCGUUCCUGAGUUGGACCGUCGGUGGCUAUCCGCAAAUCGUCUUAAAUUUCCGCCGGAAAAGUGUUGUGGGGCUGAACUUCGAUUUCGUGGUGCUGAAUUUGACGAAGCAAUCCGCCUAUCUCAUUUACAACGCCAGUCUCUACUUCAGCUCCGCAGUCCAAAAGCAGUACUUUGAAAAGUACGGCAAAGAACAGAUGAUACCUGUUGCAGCAAAUGAUGUUGCUUUCUCUAUUCAUGCCGUUUUGAUGACGGCAGUUACCCUGUGCCAAAUUGCAAUCUAUGAACGCGGAAAUCAGAAGGUCUCCAAGAUUUCCUUUGGAAUUGUUGCUGCCGUGUGGUUAGGUGCUGCAGUUUGUGUUUUCUUAGCUCUGCCAACCCAUUCCUGGCUUUGGUUGAUCUCAAUUUUCAACUCAAUUCAAGUUUUUAUGACAGUCAUCAAAUAUAUUCCCCAGGCGUUCAUGAACUUCCUGCGGAAGAGCACAGAUGGAUUCAGCAUUGGCAGCAUUUUACUUGAUUUUUCCGGAGGGGUGGCUAAUUAUGCACAAAUGGCCGUGCAGUCUAUAGAUCAAGGUUCUUGGGUGAACUUCUAUGGAAAUAUAGGAAAGACGCUGCUGUCUUUGAUAUCUAUAUUCUUUGACCUUAUAUUCAUGAGUCAACACUUUGUGCUGUAUCGCGGCAAUUGGGCAUUGAUCGCCCCUAAAAUCAUCAGUAAGGAGAGCACGGAACCACGUACCACUAAAAUCAUCAGUAAUGAGAGCACGGAACCACUUAUCAAGUCUUCCGAUGAUCCAGUUUCAGAAAAUGUAUGAAGCUUCAAGCUCGGCUUGACCUCUCAACGUGUAAGAUAUCAGCUUACACUUACAGCUUACAUCUGGUAUGUAAGAUUUAGUAAACUUUCGGUUGUCUCUUGUAUUUUACUUUCUUUGUGUACAGGGAAUAAGAAAAACAGUCAUUUGGAGCGUCAAAAGUAGCCUCGCUGUAUGAACAUUAUGCAGUUCAACUAUAUGUAGUACAAAUUUUACUGAA